AUGGUUGGUACGCUCCUAGUGGUCAAUUCUGGGGUGUUCAAAUCCGCCAACAGACUACCACAACCCAUUCUCAACUGGAAUUUGAGGAUUACAUCGGUCACCGGGCAAACCGAAGCACGCGCGCGCACACACAAGCGCGACGAGAAUCCUCCUAGUAACGCGGGGGAGUUACGUGAACCGCGAACACCGCCACCGGCUUCCACGCAGCACACCCCGAAGUUCAAGUCCCGGACGGCGGCGCCGAGCUCGUCCCGCCUAGACGUGAGCACGUCCCGGCUGGUCCACCGCACGCCGUGGAGAGCGUCUCCGCCGGCCGCUGCGCACGGCUGCCGAAGUGGGGGCGCCCGCGGCCGUCAGUCCCGUCCCUUCCCGCGACAGCCAGCAUGGGCCUCCCCCCUCCCCCCCGCACGGCUGAGGAACCCCAAAGCCACCCUCCCCAGAGCUACCAACAGCAGCAGGGCCCCGCGCCCCGGCUGUGAAGACCUCGCCCGAAAGGAAGUCUUGGGCGACCGCCGCCUGCCCGCCGUUCGCUUUCCCCUCAUCCUUCUCCGGCGAAGCCAACUUCACGGGAAAGGAUGCUCCGGCCAAAAGGGUUCCUACCAGGACCCGGACGGAGGGGGCGAGCGCGGCUCGCGGAGCUGCCGCCCCCCUCCUCGAUCCGAUCCCCCCCCCACCCCCCACUGCGCCCUCUCCGGGAGCGCGGGGAGAGCAGAGCCGCGGGCACCCCGAAGUUUGGCUCCCGGCGGUGUGGCCGCCGCCCCGGGGCUCGGGACCCCGGCAGGACGGCGCCGCGCCCCUGCGGCCGCGCGGAGAAGCCGGGCUCCGACGAGCGGCCGGCUCCAAGUUGGGCGGCGGGGACCGCAAGGCUCCGCUCCCGCCGGCGACACAGCCCGCAGGGCAGCUGCCCGCCACGCGGCCCCGACGGGUCCGGCGGGCGCUGAGGAGGAGGAGACGCCGCCGCCGCCCCCGCCCGGCGCUGAGGAGAAAGUGCGCCCGCCCGCGCGCCGGCGCUCGCCCUCCGCCGCCACCGCCGCGCCCCAUUCACAGCCCGGCCGCACGCGCCGCCCGCCCGCGCCCGCCGCCGCCGCUGAUUGGCCGAGGGGAGGCGGCUCGCGGGCCUCGCGUCCCGCCCCCACGCCCUCGCCUGUUUUCAAACUCGCGGCGCCCGCCCCCCUGGAAUUUCACGCCGGGCCGCGGGCUCGCCUCGGCGGCUUCCCGCGCCGGCUGCGCCCCCUAGGGACGCGCGGCGCGCACUGCAGGCCGGCGCCGUCUCCGCACGCGCUCGGCGGCCAGCUCGGGCGGGGGCGGCGCGGGCCGCAGGGGUGGGGGCGGCGCCGGCCUCGCCCCUCUCGGGCGUGCGGGCUCGCAGGUGGGCUGGCGCACGUGUGGCCGAGGGGCGGCUGGGCCGGGUGCCCGAGCCACGCGCUGGGGCAGGUGGGCGCGCCCCUCCCGGCGCGUCGAGCCAGACCUCCCCGCCCCCCCACCCCCAGCCCCGGGAUCCGCCCGCUCCAGCCAGUGGGUGGUGUUCGGGUAGUUACGCGCCAAGUUACCGUGAUUGCAAACGAGACACACGCGCAAUCGGGUUUUCAGUCGUUAGCAACAAAAGCCACCACUAGGUGCAGACCCGCCGCCUGUUGCCAGAAGUGGACUCCGGCUUUGGAGGGGCGUCCAAGGUCAUGUGUGGCCUGCAAGGACCCCAGCGCCGCCUGUUCCCGCCCAGUGGAGGGGCCGGUCUCUGGGAAGGGUCUCCCAAGGGAAGUUUCCCUUAAGAGGGAGGAUCUCUUAGGGAGAGGGUCUCAUAGGGGGGAGGGUCUUAUAGCGGAAAGGGUCCCCGGGGAGUUCUCCUAG